AUGUUAAUAACUCAAUUUUCUCAUCAGAACUUUUCAUCAAAAAUGACCGAAGGUACAGUUGCUCAAGUUUCAUCAGUUCAAACUGUUAAUAGUGCAAAUGUUUCACCAAAGAAACAAAAAAAAACAACAACAACAAAAGGCAAAUCAACACACGUUGCAACACAUCCAAAAUAUUCCGAAAUGAUCAAAGCCGCAUUAAAAGCUUUAAAUGAUCGUGGUGGAAGUUCACGUGCUGCUAUUCUUAAAUUUGUUUUGGCUAACUAUUCACUUGAUCCAACUCAAGCUAAUCAACAUCUUAAAUUAGCACUUAAAAAUGGUGUUAAAGCGAAAUAUUUUAAACAAACAAAAGGUAAUGGUGCAAGUGGUUCAUUUAAAUUAGCAUCAAAAGGUGAAGUUAAACCAGCUAAAAAAUCAAUUAAACCAAAGAAAACAACAUCAUCAAGCACAGCAUCAACAGCAACAAAGAAACGUGCUCGUUCAAAAUCUGCAGGAACAAAACCAGCAAAAAAGGUCGCUACUGCUGCUGAUACAAACAAUUCAGCUGCAACAACUUCAGCUGCUGCUAAACCAAAAAAAGCUAAACUUGUUAAACCAAAAACAAGUGCAACACCUAAAUCAGAUAAUGCUGCUGCUAAACCAAAAAAAGUAACACCAGCAAAAGCAAAAAAACCAACUGGAACUAAAACAGGUGGUGUUAAAAAGGCUACAACAGCAACAAAGAAAGUCGUUAAACCAAUAGUUAAAAAGGCAACUACAACAAAGAAACCAAAAUCAACAGCAACAAAAAAAGCAACACCUGCUAAAAAGGUAUCAAAAGCAAAACCAACAAAAAAAACUUCACCAAAGAAACCAGCAAUUAAAUAA